GAGACUUCCGGGAGAGCGCCGGAAGUACGGUGUGCGACUCAGGCUGACACGCGCCGUUCUCCUCGCCGUCGGCUUGCGAGAGUCUGACGGGAACCGGAGGCGUAGGAGACCCGAGUCCAAGACGACUCCACUGUCGUGACCGCCGACAAGUCCUUUUUCUGGGCUUUCAUUGGCUCAGCUGCGAAGUGAGUCGUGGACGAGUCGAUCUCAGCGUCCAGCCUGGAGAGCGGGGUCUUUUCAGGCAGCGCCCGUGGGAUUCGAGGGCCAGAGAUAAAAGGCCUCUCCCCAUCUUCAAAACAGUCGUGCACUCUGAGCCUGCCAUCCAAGAAACUCAGGAGGAGGAGUUGAUAGUCUCUGCAUCCCUCACCGCCCUGGGACAGGACCCAACAUGUCUCAGGCCACCAAGAGGAAGCAUGUGGUGAAGGAGUUGCUGGGGGAGCACAUGGUGCCCUCCGACCAGCAGCAGAUCGUGAGGGUACUCAGGACCCCAGGGAACAAUCUGCAUGAGGUGGAGACAGCCGAGGGGCAGCGCUUCCUGGUGAGCAUGCCCUCCAAAUACCGCAAGAACAUCUGGAUCAAGAGAGGGGACUUUCUCAUCGUUGACCCUAUUGAAGAGGGAGAGAAGGUGAAGGCCGAGAUCUCCUUUGUGCUCUGCAAAGACCACGUGCGCUCUUUGCAGAAGGAGGGGCUCUGGCCUGAGGCCUUCUCCGAAGUGGCUGAGAAACACAACAACCAGAACAGACAGGCUCAGCCAGAACUCCCAGCUGAGCCACAGUCAUCAGGAGAAGAGUCCAGCUCUGAAGGUGAUGCUGACCUUUUUGUUAACACCAACCGCAGGCAGUGUCAUGAGAGUGAGGAGGAGAGUGAAGAAGAGACAGCCUGAGACCCCGGGACCCUCUUCUCCUCCUGCUCAGGGAAUAGUCCUUGGCUCCUCUGAGCUUGGACAUGCCCAGGAGCCUCUGUGGAUCUUUCCCCCUGGAUGGGGACAAGGCAGGGCCCUUCUCUGAACUGACUUUCUGACAUAGGAGAAUUAAACCCCUGGUGGGUGGUGACU